GUAAGACUGUCCAUUUUAUGAAAUUGGGAAGAAAUUUCAUGGUGAAUCAAAUAACUCAAAUUAUCUAAUAAAAGAAACAUCGUUAACAUUGGACUUACUUAGGAAAUCGUGCAGUAUCUUAGCGUAUUUCCUUCAAGAUGAAAGUACUUUGCUUUGUGUUAGUCGUUGCAAGCUUGCCAGUAGGGGAACUACGUGAAACAUGCGACAUUACUGCUUGUGAGGCAUUGCAACAGAGUCAAAUUGAACUAAGGGAAUUUGCUGAUUAUCUUGAAGAUCAGAAUACCAACAGUUAUCUGAUGAAGCUUGAGAGGAGGCUAAGAUCUUUGGAGCAGCCAGUAUGGGAGAUAUCGAAAGCAAACGAGAGAUGGAUAGAUUGCGGAAAAGGUCCUUGCAAAUGUCGACCAGAAACAAAAAGUGUCACCUGUUGGCAGAAAGAUCUUCAAAUUCUCCCCUCCGAUCAAACACUGCCUCAUGAUGUCAUUUCCAUAGACUUGGGGAUAAACAAACUGACCACUCUGAACAAGUAUGCCUUUCGAUCAAUGACUCACUUAGCAGAAUUAGAUCUAUUCGACAAUUUGCUGGAUCACCUCCCAGAUAACAUUUUCAUGGAGCUAGAAAGUCUCAAGUACCUCCGUCUUCACAAGAACCAAAUUGAAGAAAUUCAUCCAGAUGUUCUUCUGUACCUAAGAAGCCUCCAAACGUUCGACAUUUCUGAUAACCUGAUCAAGGAGCUACCAGCUAAGCUUUUCAGAGGAAAUUCUAAUUUGAUUUUGCUGCACCUGUCCAGAAACAAGAUAAGAAGCAUUCCUGAAACCUUGUUCAAUGGCUUGAUGGCUCUAGAAGAUCUCGAUUUAAGCAAUAAUGAUUUGCAAACCAUUCCAAAAUUUGCGUUAAGUGAUUUGAAGUCGUUGAAAAGGCUUUAUCUUACUGAAAAUAACAUAACAUUGCUACCUACAGGUGUCUUUGAUAAUCUGAUAAGCCUAGAAACCCUGAAUUUAAGGAAAAAUUUGAUAUCGCAUAUUCCAGAAAAUGUGUUCGAUAAGCUCCAGAAUUUGAAAACAUUACAUUUGACCAAUAACAAGAUAGUUCAGAUCGGAUUGAAUGAUUUUAGAAAGCUUUCGAAUAUGGUGGAAUUACAUCUAGCAAUCAACUUUAUUGCAGAUAUUCCACAAAAUGCAUUUAUAGAAAACAAAAACUUGGAGAAGCUGUUCUUAUUCUCUAAUAAUCUGGAAGAACUUGAGGAAAAAACGUUUAACGGUCUGGUGGGACUAACUUCCUUGCUUAUCAAUAAUAAUAUCCUGAAGAGUAUCCAUCCUCGGAUAUUCUCGUUUACCCCUAAUCUGAAAAAGCUGCACUUAGAUAGUAACAAAUUCCAGUAUCUGCCAGCAAAUUGCUUGGACUUUUUUACUGAAUUAGUCUCCAUCAAGUUGGCGAAAAAUCCAUGGCACUGCGAUUGCAAUAUCCUAUACUUAGCUAUAUGGGUAGAUACCAACAGAGGAAAACUAUGGGACCCUCAACCAACAUGCAGGGGACCUGGAGAUCUUGGGGGAUCGCUUCUUAAAGAUAUGAGCUUCUAUCAGCUAUGUGAGGGACAGUGGGCCAGCAUGCUGAGCCUGUCUCCAAGAAUACCGAUCAAGAAUAAGCUCAAUGAAGAGAUGAUGAGGAACCUUACAAACGACUGAAUUUGUUAGUUUCAGUCUUUUGUUGCGAUUUAGAAGGGCUUUUUAUGGAGCGUCCCAUAGUAAUAGUGCUUGGAAAAUAAUAUUAGUAAAGGGAAUAGAAGUUGAAUUUGGACAA